AUGGGACAACAAUUACAGGAGAGCUUGGAAACGGUAUACGAUGGCUCACCCGGAGCGCGGAGGCAGGACGCGAGUCUCCUGCAGGUGCAGAAAUGGAGUUACCUUGAGGACGUUCCCACGGGCAUCGACCCCUUACGGCAACUGCUUCAGGGAUACAGCCACUUGCCUGCUGAGGAAGUCGACCGACACCUGUUGCGAAUUAGAGACGAAGCCUGGAAACUGUGCCGGUUACCGUAUAUAGGCCGAUGGCGAUUUCUCAACUUGGUAAGCAGCGGCGAUCCCUGCUACCAGCAAGCGCUGUUUCGCCUGAGGCUACCAGGGUCCAAGGACGCUCUACUAGAUCUGGGCUGCGCCCUAGGCCAGACGCUCCGUCAGUUUUGCGCUGACGGGGUCAAGGGUCGGCGGCUGUUUGGGGUCGAUCUGAGCCCCGAAUUGGUAGACCUGGGAUACGACAUGUUCCGUGACAGGCAAAGCCUGGGUGCAACCUUUGUCGUUGGUGAUGCGUUAGAUCCGGAUGACACCCGCCUCGCCCGGCUCGAGGGCCAGAUUACGAUGGUCCACGCCGACAGCUUCUUCCACCUUUUCACCUGGACCCAGCAGCUCUACAUCGCCAAGCGCAUCGUCGGCUUUCUCAAGCCGGGGACCAAGAACGCCAUGGUAUUUGGCACGCAGGCCGGCACGCUUGUCUCCGAGCCCCGGGACCGAUCGUCAGUUCCGUCGCCGUCAUCGCCGUAUCUCCAUGACCAGGAGAGCUUCCAGCAGCUUUGGGACACGGUCGGUGCCAUGACCAACACAGCAUGGGCUGUCCAUGUCGAGAAUGGUGGCACCAUACUACCGCUUAUGCCUGGUGUCGAGAAGGGCACGAUUCCCAUCAAAUUCGCAGCAUAUCAGGUCCCUGUGAGGGACAACUAUUAA